UCCUUAAGUGGUGUCGUCCGUCCACGACGAGGCGGUCUCACUCGGGAAUCUUCGGAAAGGAAAAUUGGACUUAAACUGUUGCUUUAAUAAGUCUUUACUCUACCGGGAAUUGUCCAUUUCGUCGAAAAGCAUGUCUUCACCCGAUGUUGCUCGGCAGCCGGACACGGGAGUCCGGCCUCUCUCCCUGGCGGGCCACGUGGGCUUCGACAGCCUCCCAGACCAGCUAGUCAACAAGUCCACCAGUCAGGGAUUCUGCUUCAACAUCCUCUGCAUUGGUGAGACGGGGAUUGGCAAGUCCACUCUGAUGGACACUCUGUUUAACACCAACUUUGAAAGCUUUGAGUCCUCGCAUUUUGAGCCUCAAGUCAAGCUGCGCGCUCAAACCUACGACCUGCAGGAAAGUAACGUGAGUCUACGCCUUACCGUGGUCAACACGGUGGGAUUUGGCGACCAGAUGAACAAACAGGAAAGCUACCAGCCGGUGGUCGACUACAUCGACAGGCAGUUUGAGAGUUACCUGCAGGAAGAGCUCAAAAUCAAGCGCUCCCUUUUCAACUACCAUGACUCCCGAGUCCACGCCUGUUUGUACUUCAUCUCUCCCUCGGGCCACUCGCUCAAGUCCCUGGACCUGGUCACCAUGAAGAAACUCGACAGCAAGGUGAACAUCAUCCCUGUCAUCGCCAAAGCAGACACCAUCAGCAAGAGCGAGCUGCACAAGUUCAAGAUCAAAAUCAUGAGCGAGCUGGUGAGCAACGGCGUCCAGAUCUACCAGUUCCCCCUGGACGACGAGACCGUGGCCAAAGUCAACACGGCCAUGAACGGCCACCUGCCCUUUGCUGUUGUGGGCUGCACAGAAGAAGUCUGCGUCGGCAACAAGAUGGUUAAGGCUCGCCAGUACCCCUGGGGGGUGGUCCAAGUGGAGAACGAGAGCCACUGCGACUUUGUGAAGCUGAGGGAGAUGCUGAUCUGCGUCAACAUGGAGGACCUGAGGGAGCAGACGCACACCCGCCACUACGAGCUCUACAGACGCUGCAAGCUGGAGGAGAUGGGCUUCAAAGACACCGACCCCGAGUGCAAGCCCGUCAGUCUGCAGCAAACGUAUGAAGCCAAGCGCCACGAGUUCCUGGUAGAGCUUCAGAGGAGAGAGGACGAGAUGAGGCAGAUGUUUGUGCAGAGGGUCAAGGAGAAGGAGGCGGAGCUUAAGGAUGCGGAGCGAGAGCUGCAGAGUCGCUUUGAGCAGCUGAAGCGUCUGCACGCGGAGGAGAAGUCCGCUCUGGAGGAGAAGAGGCGACUCCUGGAGGAGGACCAGAGCUCCUUCGGCAAGAGACGCGCCGCCGCUCAACUCAUGCAGGCCCAAAGCUUCACCGCCAACGGCAAGAAGGACAAGGACCGCAAGAAUUCUGGCUUCAUGUGAAGAACCUCCCAGUCCAACCGGGGACAUCAUUCAGGUCUUGGUGGUCUUUGGGACACGCACAUCAUCACAUUCUCACGUGUCAAGCUUUAAUCUUCUCGCAACACUACUUUAAUGGACCUCCUUUCGUCUUGUCCUUCCGCACAAAGAAACUACAUUUAAUAAUGCAUCAUGUUGUCUAAACUCUUUUAAAAAACAAACUCCACAAUUCCAAUUUUUAACCGUGUUGUGUCAUGUCCACUACAGUAUAUUUUUAUACGUCGUGUUAAAUUGCCUUGCCACAGUGCCGACUCAUCAUUUUAGUCGCACUUUGUAGCGUUUCAACACACAAACUCAGCGGUGCUGCUUACUACACUUUACACGUGUGUGUGUGUGUGUGGUGUGUGUGUGUUACAAGUGCCUUGUGUGUGUGUGUGCGUGUAGCUCCCUGUUACAAAACACAUGUACCGAUGCGUGAUGGAGGGAACCUUUUUAUAUUCGUACCACACGUGUAUUUAUGGAAUAAACAGUGUUACUCACA